UUCAAAGUUUGUUUAUCAACAUCGCUUCUUACAUCCUCAUUUUGCAUGCUUUCAUUAUUUAAAAUAAAUCAAAAGUUAUUUCAGAAUUUAUUAAUAAUCGUUCCUAAAGAAUAAUUUUUUCUUAAAGUUUCAGUUACUAAGAACAUUACAAGUAUCAUGGCCCCUAGAAGUUGUAAAAAAAUUGACGAAUCUAUUAUUUCUUCAGGAUUUCUUGAUUCGUUUGAUUAUGUGUUGACUGAUUGUGAUGGAGUUUUAUGGAUGGGUAAUGAUGCUAUUCCUGGCUCUGUUGAAACAAUAAAUAUAUUAAAAAAUAUGGGUAAACCUGUUAUAUAUGUCACAAAUAACAGCACCAAAUCCCGAGAUGAAUAUUUGAAGAAAUGUCACAAUCUGGGAUUUCCAGCUACAAUGGACUCUAUUAUUUCUACAUCUUAUUGUGCUGCUGUAUAUUUACAGUCCUUAAAUUUUAAGAAAAAAGUAUACAUUUUUGGAAGCACUGGCAUAGCUGCAGAAUUAGACGAGGCCAAUAUUCCACAUUUACCUAUAGGUCCAGAUCCUGUUGCUGACAAUUGGAUACAGUGGUUAAGUGAAGUUAAAUUAGAUCCUGAGGUUGGUGCCGUUAUUGUUGGUUUUGAUCAUUAUGUUAGUUAUCCAAAGUUAACUAAAGCUGCCAGCUAUUUAAAGGAUCCUAAUAAUUUAUUUAUUGCAACAAAUAGGGAUGAACAAUUUCCAACUGAGGGUGACCUUAUAAUUCCAGGUGCUGGUACAUUUGUAUCUGCCAUAGAAGUAGUAUCUGGAAGGAAAGCUACAGCCUUAGGAAAACCUGAAAGAUUUAUGCUGGAUUGUAUCAAAGUUACCCAUCCUGAUAUUAACUUCUCACGAUGCUUAAUGAUUGGAGACAGGUUGAAUACAGAUAUACUUUUAGGAACCCAGCAUGGCUUGAAAACUCUGUUGGUUGGGACUGGUAUCAAUAGUUUGGAAGAUGUGCUGCAGUUGGAGCAAAGUACAGAUAAAACAGAUCAUUUACUUGUACCAGAUUAUUACCUACCAUGUUUAGGAGAUUUACUAAAAUUUAUAAAAAUAUGAAUGUUUUUACAACAUUCUUAGAAAAGUUACUGUAUUAGAUAAUUGAAUGAUUGGAUUGUUUGCUGUGAUAAAGUCCAUAGAAGACUUUGUGAGCAGAUUAAAAUUUAAUGACUAUUUUAUAGAUAUUUGUGAAAUUUAUAAUUUUGAAAGAAUUACUUGGAAGUUAUUUUGAGAGUUCAUUAUUUAAUUUCCUGUUAAACAAGCUUAUGUGCUUUUCCCUUCUGUUUUAUAACAAGGUUUUUGAAAAAGUAAUCAUUAUCAUAAAAUUUUUCAUUUUGAAGUUACAAUAAUGUUAAUAAUUGUCAUGUUCUGAAAUGUUAAUGAUGUAAUGCAACCAAAAUAAGCAAUUAUUAUUAUUGCAUUUAAUUAAAAAUUUUAAUCUAUGGUAAAUUCAAUAGCAGUAUUUAAAAAUAUUUUAUUUUAUACAUUUUAUGAUCUAUACUCCCAAGUAAGCAAUUAAAAAAACUUAUUUUAAAUAAUAUAUAAAAUAUAUCAAUGAUAUUUUUUUAAGAAGGUGAAAGAAAUUUUAUUUCUCUUGUUCAAUUAUGGAAAGUUAUUUAUUUUUUUUUUCCUGAAUUGAAAUUAACAUAUUAACAAUCUGGUGGUAACUAUGCUAAAAUGUUAAUGUUUAUUGAUUGUUGCUAUUGUUGUUUUAGACUUGGGGGACUUGUUACAAAAAUUAUUAUGUUUUAAUAGAGUAUAUAUUCUUCUUUUAUCUGAGACUAAGAAUUUUAUAAAGGUUUAGCAAUUUUAUUUUUAAUUAUUAUUUGUUAAAUUAUUAUGUUAUUUUUUAAGUUCAGUAUUAUUUUUUUUUACUUGUGAUGUCAUAAUUUAUAAUAAAUUAUUAAUGCUAUUGUUUUUCUUAAAACAGCUUAUUCUUGUGAUUUUUAAAAAAAUUUGUUUAAUUAAUUUUGAGAUUUAAACAUGCAAAUCAAUUUCUUACUUACUGAUAUUGUAAUAAUCCAUUUUUGUUUGUAAAAUAUAAUUUCAUUUAUACAAGGUUUACAUGGGUGGAACAUCAUGAAGCAAUAUCACAUUCUUUUAUCACCUCUAGUUCUAAAGAUAUAAUUUUCAUUCACAUAAUUAAGCAAAUAUUUUUAUAAUUGUGAUAAGUAGAGAGUUGUUAAGAAAUCAUAUUAAAUCAUAAAAAUACCCAAAAGUUAUAGAAAUUGAAUUAAUUUACUGUGCUAUAUAUAUAUAUAAAUUAUAACUUAAAACAAUAUUGGGAUACAGAAUCAUUUUGAUGAAAAAUUAGAAAUCAAUUUAUUUUACUUGAAGCAUAAUUUUUUAUGGGAUAAUAAACGAAUUUAUUGUUCAGAUAUUGUUAUUAAUUGAUUUGAGCCAUGCAUUUGAAAGAAACAUGUCCCAAACUUCACUCAUGGAAAUUUAAAGAAAGAAAGAAAAAUUGAAAAAGAAAAUUGUUAAGAACUUGGAAGGGAGAAUCCCCAUUUGAAAAUGAAACUGGAACUAAAACUAAAGAAUUUUUUAUGUAGUAGUUUAAGAUAGCUAAAGCUCUAGCCAUUAAACCCGGAGUAAUAUUGAAAAAUUCAGAAGUCCAUGCAGUUCCAAAGUUUUUUUUAAGUUUCAUUUUAAAUAAUUAGAUUAUUACCUUUCUUUGAUUAUUACCUUGUCUAGUAAUAAUCAAAGAAAAAACUUUUGAUUAUUACUAGACAAGGAAGGAACAAGAAAGUAUUAUUUGGUGUUGAAUUAAUGCAAGUGUUUUUUGUUUUUUUUCCCCUGUGAGCUUUUAUUUUUGUUGAAGAUUUUAUCAAAGUUGAAUUUUAAAAAUGUUAUUUUGUCAGUAUAUUAUCUUUCUAGUGCAAGCAUGAUUAUUGAACCUGUAAAAUAAAUAAGACACAUUUUCUCCUUUCAUAUUGUUUUCAUUAUAAUUUCUCUUAGAUAUCACUUAUUUACUGUGGCAAAGCAAAUAUGUUGGAGUAUAGAUACUCUGGAUAAUACCAUAAAGAUAACUUUUUUGUGCAUUAAUGUCAAUCUUUAAAACCAGUUCUGAUAUAGAUGAGAAAAAAAUAAAUUCCAUAUCCAGAGUGGUGUUUAUUCUGUACAUUGAGAACCUUAUAUUCCUCUCUUUUCUUUGAAUUCUAAGCUUCAUGGUUUGCACAGAAUUUUUAUAGAAAUAUUUUGAUUGAUAAUGUAUGGAUUUGGGCAGUCAUAAUGAUAUUUUAAAACUUAAUUUAAAUUACAUAGCAUGUAAUUGAUUUCUCUCUGAUUGAAAUCAAAUUUGAUGUUAUGCCUUUACCAUUCCCUUUUUUUACCAAGCCUAUGUACUCAUUUUUGAAUGAUUAACUGGAAUCAGUUUUUUUCAAAAACUAAUAUUAUAUAGCUAAAUUUGAUAUAUGAAAGAUAAUUUUACCUUUUUUCAAACCCUUUGUGGAGCAAAAGUAAAAAAUGUCAUAUUAAUCAUUUAGCAAAAAGUAUAACACUGGAUAUUGAAUUUGUCAGGAUGAUCAAAUAAAACCAAUAU